UUUAGUAUCUAGGCGCGCAUUUCUAGCGUCUUCGCGAUCGGCAAUCCAGGGUUCUUGCGAUCAGAGCGGCGGCAGCAGCAGCGAUUGGCAAUGGCGUGCAGGAUUUCUGUGAUUUCCAGGCAUAUUUCUUCGCCGCCGCUGGAACAUCUCGACGAUCUGGGGAUUCGUGUCGCGCCUGAGGUUCGAUCGGCUCUUUCCAGUGGCGUCGGUGUGGUUGCACUGGAAUCGACCAUUGUAUCGCAUGGAAUGCCUUACCCGCAAAACUUCCAUACAGCUCAAGAGGUGGAAUCCAUUGUGAGAGCGAACGGGGCCGUGCCGGCAACCAUAGCCAUCUUAGACGGUGUCCCAUGCAUCGGCUUGAGCUUGGCGGAGCUCGAACGGCUUGCGAAGCUUGGUACCAUGGUUUCAAAGACCGCUAGGCGCGACAUUCCUUACGUCAUUGCUCGUCGAGGAAACGGAGCAACCACUGUUUCAGCAACAAUGUUUUUCGCUUCAAAGGCGGGAAUCAAAGUGUUCGUAACUGGAGGUAUUGGAGGAGUUCAUCGACAGGGCGAGUCAACUAUGGACGUGUCCUCGGACUUGACAGAACUGGGUAAAACUCCAGUUGCGGUGGUUUGUGCAGGGGUAAAAUCAAUCCUUGACAUUCCACGAACACUUGAGUACCUGGAAACUCAAGGAGUGACGGUUGUUAGCUACUCAACUGAUGAAUUUCCAGCAUUUUUUACUCCUAACAGUGGCUGCAAAGCACCUUGCCGAGCAGACAGCGUGGAGGAAUGCGCAGACAUCAUAGAGGCAAGCACGAAGUUUGGAUUGAGUUCAGGCAUUUUGAUCGGGGUUCCAAUACCCGCAGAGCAUGCAGCGGCAGCUAAGAACGUGGAAUCGGCCAUACAAUCGGCAUUGCAUGAAGCAGAGAGCAGAGGUAUUGCCGGUAAUUCUGUGACGCCAUUCUUGCUCAAGCGCGUCAACGAGCUCACUGGAGGCGAUUCAUUGGCUGCAAAUAUCCAGCUCGUGAAGAAUAAUGCACUCGUUGGUGCGAAAAUUGCAACGGCUCUGACAACAAGGCUGAGUCGCUUCACUAAAUCGUCUUGCCACUAAUGUCGUCCACGAAACGCAUUAUACUUCCCGCGGCAUGUCGCUAGGUAGUGGCAACGGACAAAACACCACAGCUGUUAAUGCCAGACACGGAAAAACUAAACUACUUGAAAGUGAGGUACUUACGAGAUGGGCAACGAGCUCAGUUUUUCUCACGAGAAACUUUUUGCCACACAGCCAAUCCUCUCUUGCCAUUGGAGCCUCGCUCGCGCAGAAGCUUCCUCCCAUACCAACAACAUAUGGUGACCUUACUCUCUCUUGAGCUGGAUCUUAGUAAGCCUCCAACUCAUUCUUCUCCCGAUCACGCGCUUAUUCCGCGGCAAUGGCUACAUCCUAUAAAUCUCCAUCACCACCCCAGUGUCAACCAUUGCAAACUCCAUCCCGUCUGCUACCAGUCUUCGAAGUUUCAUCCAUCCAAGCCUCUGAUCAUACAAGUCUUCUGUUCUUGCCAGGA